GGAGGUACUUUUAUUUAAAACACAAUUAUCUCACUAACAUGGGAAUGUCUAGUGACGUCACAUGUCCAGGGAAUGCAGGCAUGGAACCGCAUUCUUUUCCCUACUGAGAGAAGGCAUUACACAGGAAGAAGAAGGAGGGGAAGGAGACUGGACGCCCUCCUCCUCUUCCUCUCUCCCGUGUGGGCGAAUAACGGCGCUGGAGAAGUUAUUGCAGCCAGACAAUAGCAGCUAGUCCAUACAAUCAUAUUGAGGACUACUGUACAUCACACCCAGGCUGGGCUGAUCCACUAUGGAGGAUUUGGGAUUGCCUGAGACACUUAACUACCCUCUCAAUCCUCGUAUUGUUGUCUUUGACGCCCUCCUCGCAGAUUUGGAGAACACAGGGUCACCUCUGGCUCGAUGUCCCGUCCUCCUUACAUCCGAUCCACCAUUGCAAGCUGAUCCGGACUCACAGAUCCCCGCUGAGGCCCGACCGCCGCCGCCAGCCUACACCCCUCAACAGACUGUUUCUGCAGCGAUGAAGUCGUCCCAAAACUCCAACCCAGACAAACUAUACAGCACAGUGUGUAAAUCACGCUCUCCCCGCUCAGCUGAUCCUCCUCCACAUGUGGCCCCUGCAGCCUUCUCCUCUUCCUCCUUGUUAGGGGGAGGUCUGAGUGAACUGGACCAUCUCCUACAGGAGCUGAAUGCCACCCAGUUCAACAUCACAGAUGAAAUCUUGGCCCAGUUUCCAACAUCUAAGAAAGACGACAGGACCAAGGAUAAAGAUUCCAACUCUGCAAAGCCAUCCGCAACAACCGCCACGCUGGAGUUGGACAAACUGAUGGCGUCGCUGUCCGACUUCCGAGUUCAGAGCACGCCAACUGUCAGUCCAGUCACCACAGCAACAGCAACAACAACAACAACAACAGCAGCAGCAGCAGCCCCACAGCAGCCGGCCAUCCCGCCACAGUCUUCAUCAGGCGGCUCAUUGGACAGCAUGCUGGGGCUCCUCCAAUCAGAUUUGACAAGGCAAGGAGUUCAAACCUCUUCCAAAGGAAACUGUUCAGCCUGUCAGAAGCCGGUCGUGGGACAGGUGGUGACAGCUCUAGGAAAGGUGUGGCAUCCCGAGCACUUUGUGUGCACGGAAUGUGAGACAGAGCUGGGCAGUCGCAACUUCUUCGAGAAGGACGGCCGGCCGUACUGCGAGUCGGACUACUUCACGCUCUUCUCCCCUCACUGUGCGCAAUGUAACAAGCCCAUACUCAACAAAAUGGUGACCGCUCUGGACAAAAACUGGCACCCUGAGUGUUUCUGCUGCGUCAAAUGCAGCCGCAGUUUUGGCGAGGAAGGUUUCCAUGACCGUGAGGGCCAGCAGUACUGCCAGCAGUGCUUCCUGACGCUGUUUGCUUCCCGCUGUCAAGGCUGCAGUCAGCCCAUCCUGGAAAACUACAUCUCAGCUCUCAACUCUCUCUGGCAUCCACAGUGCUUUGUAUGCAGGGAAUGCUACAGUGCCUUUGUCAACGGCAGCUUCUUCGAGCACGAGGGCAAGCCGUUGUGCGAGGCCCAUUACCACCAGUCGCGGGGCAGCAUGUGUCAGGCCUGCCAGCAGCCCAUCCUGGGUCGCUGCGUCACCGCCAUGGGCGCCAAGUUCCACCCCCACCACCUGGUGUGCCACUUCUGCUUGAAGCCCCUGAGCAAAGGCUGCUUCAAGGAGCAGGAGAACAAGCCCUACUGCCACCCGUGCUUCAUCAAACUCUUCGGUUAAGGACCUGAAUGACCCUCCACCGAAUCAAACCAGAAGCUUUUUUUUUUUACAUUUGUAUACUGUAGCAAUGAGGGUGGAGCUGGUCUCUUUGUACUGAAGGAGAUGAAAAUCCUCCUAAAUGUUAUUAUUUUUUUGCUAAUAAAGUUGACUCCAUUAAGACUAUCAGUGUGAAUUAAAACAACUGAAAUAAUGGCAAUUGUAACUGUUUAUAUAAUACAUGAAUAAAAAGUUUUUUUUAUA